CCUAUAAUUUAUUGAAUCAAAAAUUCACAUUAUUAAUAUUAUUGGUUUUGGUUCUUGGAGGUUUUCAAAUGGUAUCAGCUGGGGAAAAAGCUAUUGAACAAGGGUUUAAAAUGGAUGAAGAAAAUGAUCAAUCAAAUCAAAUUACAACUCCUAUUGAUAAAAGGGAUUUGGUAUAUGAACUUAUGGGUAUAAUUCAUAUUAUAAGUUCUUACGCCGAAUUUAGGAGGACUCAAAGAAAGGAAAGUCGUAACCUUGUACGUAGGAUGAAACUUUUAUUACCCCUUUUAGAAGAAAUUCGAGAUUUCGAAGGAAAAAUUCCUGAAUCUGGUGUUCAAUGUUUGGUGAAAAUGAAGAAGGCAUUUCAUUCUGCUAAAAAAUUGUUAAAAACUUGUCAUUGUGGUAGCAAGCUUUACCUGGCUUUGGAAAGUGAGGCUGUUAUAAGGAGAUUUCAUUCUGUAUAUGAAAAAUUAAGCCAAACCUUGGAUGGAAUGCCUUAUGAAGAACUUGGUAUUUCAGAUGAAGAGAAAGAACAGGUGGAGUUGAUGAUCAUUCAAUUUAAAAGGUCUAAGAAACGAAUUGAUACUCAAGAUAUGGAACUCGCGAUGGAUUUGAUGGUUUCAUUGUCCACGGAGAAUGAUCGAAAUGCAGAUAGUGCUAGUAUAGAAAGGCUAGCGAAAAAACUGGAAUUGCAUACAGUUGAAGAUCUAAAAGCUGAAAUGAUAUCAGUUAAAGAAGUUAUAAAAGAAAGACGAUCACAUAAUGCUGAGAACACACAACGAAUCGUUGAUCUUCUAGACAAAUUGAAAAAAUUAGCAGGUAUGGAAGAAACUGGUCCUUGUGAUGAACCUGUUAUGCCUAAAGCUCUCGAGAAAUCAACCUCGAUAGCUAUACCAAACGAGUUUCUUUGUCCUAUCACAUUACAGAUUAUGGCUGAUCCGGUUAUUAUCUCAACAGGACAGACGUAUGAAAGAGAGAGUAUACAACAGUGGUUGGAUUCAAAUCACCAUACAUGUCCGAAAACGGGGGAAACUUUGACACAUUUAUCAUUAGCACCAAACUUUGCUCUAAGGAAUUUAAUUGAAGAGUGGUGUUUGAAAAACAACUUUCAACUUCCAGCAAAAGAGACUCCAAUGAACCCCGAAAGUCCUUCUGCUGGAAGUGAUGAAAAGCUAUUGUCGUUGAUUAAAGACCUGUCUUUUAGUCAUUUAGAAGUGCAGAGAAAGGCAGUAACAAAGAUCAGAAUGCUUUCGAAAGAAAAUCCAGAGAAACGAACAUUGAUAGCUAAUUAUGGAGGAAUUCCACCACUCGUGUUGCUACUUUCCUAUCCGGAUUCCAAAAUCCAGGAACAUGCCGUGACAGCUCUUUUAAACUUGUCAAUCGAUGAAUCAAACAAGAAACUUAUAUCCAGAGAAAACGCGAUUCCUGAAAUAAUUGAGAUUUUGCAAAAUGGAAGUGUUGGAGCUAAAGAGAACUCUGCAGCAGCAUUGUUUAGCUUAUCAAUGCUUGAUGAAAACAAAGUAGCUAUAGGUUCGUUAAAUGGCAUCCCUCCGUUGAUUGAUCUGUUAAAAAAUGGAACAAUCAGAGGGAGAAAGGAUGCUAUUACUGCACUUUUCAAUCUAUGUUUCAACCAUGCUAACAAAAGUAUCGCGAUCCAAGCUGGGAUUGUAGCACCAUUACUUCAACUACUAGAGGAAAAACACUUAGACAUGGUUGAUGAGACAUUGUCAAUAUUGUUGAUUCUCGCGACUCAUCCAGAAGGCAGACAGGUAAUUGGAAAGCUUUCAUUCAUCGAAACACUGGUAAAUUUGAUGAAGGAUGGCACUCCCAAGAACAAGGAAUGUUCUGUGGCUGUACUUUUCGAGUUGAGUACCUAUAAUUCAAAUCUUAUGCUUGCUGCCCUUCAAUACGGCGUGUAUGAAUAUCUAGUAGAGAUAGGUAAGGAGGGAACUGAUCGCGGCCAAAGGAAAGCAAAAUCAAUACUACAACUUAUGACCAAAACUGAGCAGAUCCCAUAUUGACAAUGCAAAGUCCAAAUGUACAUCUGCUU